AUGGUUGCUUCAUCAUCUACUGCUGUGAAUGUUCUUGAUGCUAUCAACAUUAAUAAAGAUCAAAGACCACAGAAUGCUGACAAGCCUACUCACGUUCCAAGAUCCUUAUUUGUGUCUGUCAAAGAAUUGGAAGUUUGCUGUGAGCUCAUGAUUGAUCUUCCUAAUCUGAGAGACAAUGGGUUUGAUCUGGAAGAGGAAAUCCAAACUCAAGGAUGGAAUAUGUUCUUCAACAGACUGUAUGGUCCAGUCUAUGAUGUGCUGGUGAAAGAGUUUUGGAUCCAUGCUCACCCAAUUCCAACAAGAAUAGUGUCUAGUGUGCUGGGAGUGACUCUAGUAAUUACAGAAGAUCAUGUGCGCAAACUGUUGGGUCUGACUGAGAAGAUUGGGUUCUACAAGGCUCCUGCUGGAGGACUGUAG